AUAUCCGCCUAUAUAUAUUCUCUCUCUCUCGAUUGCUGUGGUUAGUCUCGGUUUCAUUUAAUUUCAACAAUGGAAAAUCAUGGAAAGAAGGUGUUGCUCACUUCCAAUGGGGAUGAAAUUUCUCUCAACAUUGCUCACCAUUUAGCUAAACGCGGUUGCAGGUUGGUUCUGAUGGGGAAUGAGUGCAGUCUUAGGAGUGCUGCUGAGAAGAUAAGCGCCUCUUCGAACGGUGUGGAUGCGGUGGAAGUAGUUGGAUUGGAUAUGGAAGAGGAGAAAGAGUCGGUGUUCGAUGAAGCGGUGGAUAAGGCCCGCCAGAUUCUGGGGAAUUUGGACGCUAUUGUCCAUUGUUAUGCUUACGAAGGAAAGAUGCAAGACCCUUUGCAGUUGGCUGAAGAUGAGUUCAAAAAGAUAGUUAAAAUAAAUUUCAUGGCUGCGUGGUAUUUGUUGAAGGCUGUUGGCAAACGAAUGCGCGAUUGCAAAUCAGGAGGUUCCAUUGUGUUUUUGACCACAUUAAUUGGAGCCGAGAGAGGCAUAUAUCAAGGAGCUGCGGCAUAUGGUUCAUGUUUGGCAGGAAUACAGCAGUUAGUUAGGACAUCUGCUAUGGAGAUUGGGAAACACCAAAUCAGGGUUAAUGCAAUUGCCCGUGGCUUGCACCUACACGAUGAAUUUCCAUUGUCAGUGGGAAAAGAGGGGGCAGAGAAGUUGGUCAUGGAAGCAGCCCCACUCCAUAGGUGGCUCGAUGUUAAAAAAGAUUUGGCCUCGACUGUCAUCUACUUAAUUAGUGAUGGCUCGCGUUACAUGACAGGAACCACCAUAUUUGUUGAUGGGGCACAAUCUAUAGUAAGGCCUCGAAUGCGCUCCUAUAUGUGAUUCUAUAUCUGUUACAUAUGUCUGGAAUAGCCAAAUAGGAAAAGUUGAACAUCAUUACCAUUGUUAUAGAAAAACUAGUCUGUUAAUUUGUUAAGAUUUACAAUAAAGAUGCCAAUCACUUCAAAUGGAGAAUGGUUUUGAAAUGAAGUGUAACUUGAUAGGAAUUCGCUCUAA